CCCAACCUCAUCGCACUUCCGACCCAUUGCGCUCCGUCCCAUCACCUUACUCGUCAUUUAUUACUCGCUCCUUCGUCUGCGCUGCUCACCACUUCGAUCUUCCACCCUUACAACCAUUCCCCACCUCUAUCCCCCUCACUCGUCCUCCCAAUCCCAACGCCUUCUCUUUCGCGCCUAUCUUGCUUGCACCCGCCCCCUCGCUGACCAACUCCCGCCUUCUCUACUUCCCUCUCACUCACUCUCUCUCUCUCUCUCUCUACUCUUGACAUCCCCUGACAGCCUCACCACAAGCGGCAUUAGCAACGUCGCCGCAGUUCAAUCACUUCGCUGCUCUCUCACCAGAGUUGAUUCACUCCGCGAUCGAAGACCCAGAAAUGAACGCCAUCCUCGGUCUCGUGCCGCCUGGUCUUGGGUCUUCCUCGACACCUGCAUCGGCUGAAUCAUCAUCCAGACCACGCGGCCCCCUCAAAGUGUACACACGCUAUGAGCUCCUGCGUCUCAGCAAGAAGGCAAGAACACCCAUACUCCCCCCUCUACAGGACUGGUUUGGCCCUCUUCCGCCAGCACGCGUUGAAGAUCCCGCGAUCGCGAGCAUCAACGUGCCUGGUGGUCGUCGCACUGGCGGCGCUGGUAGCUUUGGAGAAGGCUUUGGCUUCGGUGUCGGCAUCGGCAUAGGUGGUCGAAGCCUCGGCCGUGGAGGGACACGGAACAUCGGGUUGCGCCGCCAGCCGCAGCAGGACAAUCCCAAUAUAGACCCGGCGAUCGCUGAACAAGGCCGCGGCAACUUUGGCGGACCCAUGGGCAAGUUUGCUAUGCGGCCCUCCGGAGAGCGUGGUUUGCGUCUCGGCGGCGACGAGGUUAGGCAGCAGCGUGACGGCGACAAGGGCGGAGGCGAGCGGCGGCGGAGGGACGAAGGUGACUGGCGCCGGGGCGACCGGCAACAACCUUCCCUCCAUCACACCCGUAAUGGUGAAGGUGCGCGCCGCGGCCCCCCAGGCUUCAGUGGCCCGCGUUACGACGACGAUAGCGUCGAGCCCGCGUGGAUGACCGACGACACCCCCGCAAUCGAGGACCCCGCGAUAGCCUCCAGCUCGGCCGGCGGCGACACCGCAGGUGAAGGGCUCGUUCAGUUCGUGCCUGGCGAGGACAAGAUUGCGGCCCACAAGCGCGCUAUGAAGGCCCGCGCUGCGGGUGGUGUCGACAACUGGCGUGCCACUGAAAAGCCCCUCGUGUCUUUCUUUGGUGGUCACGACACGUCAACGACACAGACCAUCAAACCACCGGCAAAGCCCAAGGAAGUCAACAAUGCUAGCUACUUCAAGAAACGCACUGUUAUCGACGACGAUGAUGACGAUGAACCGGACGACAAGAACGAGUCGCUGCCGUCGUUCCAGAGCCGCUUCCAGCGUUUCUUUGCGCAAGGCAGCACGCCAGUGCCGGGUUCCUUGCCUGUCCAGCCCCCAUCCGCUGUUGUGCCCCCUGUUCCUUCUGCACCAGCAUCUAUGCCGCCACAGCAGCUGCCACAGGCUCGGCCGAGCCAGAUCAGCCCCAUUAUGCGCGGCCCAUCUGAGCCGCAGCAACCGUCGCCGAGCCCCGGCCCUCUUAACACGGAUGACCACCUCGCCAAGCUCAUGGGCGUACUUUCGACAAAGGGCAUCAGCCCAGCACCCCCCUCAAUGGAGAUGGGUCAGCAGCGCCCGCCCUCUAACCUCGGCCAACUUCCCACCUUCCCUGGCGAUCAAUAUCCUCCCACAAUGCCACCUGGUCUCCACUAUGCUCAUUCGCCUACCGAUGGUCCUCGUGAUUUCAUUCACCAGCAGCCGAGCCGCCAGGCUUCGCGUCCCGACUUGAGUCCCGAGCGUCCGGAAAUGCCUCCCCACAUGAUGCCGCAGCAGCAGCACCGCGCCAGCCACUAUCCAAGCCCGCCUCCCGGCUCAGACCCUCGCGGCUAUCCGUUCCCCACCCAGCGUGCUCCCCCAUCUGGUCCGCCAGGCUACCCUCGCCCAGGCAUGGGCGAGCUGCCCGUCAACCCCCCUCCACCCUUCUACGACCGCAUGGUCCCUCCUCCGGCUGGCGAUCACCUGCUUCAAAUGUUGCAGCGUGGUGCUCCCGGCCCCCAUCCCAUGGGCAUGCUCCCCCCUCACCCCGGAAUGUACGGCCCGCCGCCGGGCGGCCUCGGUGGUCCUGGUCCGUCGCCUGAUGAGCUCCUGCGCAAUCUCCAGGGCGGCGGUCCCAGCGGCCCUCACCCCGCGGAAUACGGCCGCCCGCCCAUGGGUCCUGGUGGACCGGGCUAUGGGCCGCCUCCUCCGCCCAUGCAGGGCUAUCUGCCGCCCAACUAUUACCCAGGAGGUCCCCCUGGCCCUCCUCCCGGCAUGGGUCCCGGCGGUCCCCGCCCGCCCGGCAUGAUGCCGUACCCCGGUGCGCCGAACCAGGACAUGCUGGCGGCGCUCUUGGGUCAGCGCACAAACGGCCACUGA